CAUGGGGUUCCCAUGGCUGCUGCUGCUGCUGCUGUUGUCCCUGCUGUGUGGUGGGCUCCAGCAGGAGGACCAAGGGUACCAGCUAAACCUGAAAGAGCCGGUGUUGGUGGUGCAGGAGGGGCUGUGUGCCUCCAUGUCCUGCUCCUUCAUCAUCCCCAGAACUUAUCAGUUCUAUCCACUCACUGUCUACUGGUUCCGGGAGGGGGAUUCACACAGGGAUGAUCCUGUGGCCACAAACGACCAACAAAGACAGGUGAAGAGAGAGGCCUUGGGCCGAUUCCACCUGCUUGGGAACCCCAGUGACCUGAAGUGCUCCCUGGGCAUCAGACGUGCUAGACACACAGACCAGGGCAACUACUUCUUCCGAGUGGAGCAAGGGUAUGUGAAAUACAACUACAAGGCCACGAUGCUGCGUGUGCUGGUGACAGCACUCACAGAGAAACCUGCCAUCCACGUGGCUGAACCACUGGUGUCGGGCCACCCAGGGCGCCUCACCUGCAGCCUGCCGGGAGCCUGUGAAACAACAUCCCUCCAGUUCUCCUGGGCAGGAGAGAUGCUCGGCCCCUCCCCACCCACCUCUGCAGAGCUCAGCCUCACCCCGGGACCCGGGGACCACGGCAAAAACCUCAGCUGUCAAGUGAUACUCCUGGGAACUCUGAGAACCACGGAGACGACCAUCUGCCUCAACGUGUCCUAUCCCCCACAGAACCUCACCACCCACAUCUCCUUCGAAGCCACCUCAGUCCUGAAGAUCAAGAAAUCCACCUCAGCCCUAUCAGUUCUGGGGGGCCAGACGGUGUGGCUGCUCUGUGGAGCUGACAGCAACCCCCCUGCAGAGCUGAGCUGGUUUCCCAGGUCCCCAGGCCUGAAGGCCACCACCCUCUCCACCAACACGGCCAAGCUGGAGCUGAGGCUUCCAGAGACCACAGAAGAUGCGGAGUUCAACUGCCAUGCUCAGAACCCUCUGGGCUCCCGGAACGUCUCUCUCAGGCUGUCUGUGCUCUCCCCUCUGCAGCUGCUGGGCCCCUCCUGCUCCUGGGAGGCCCAGGACCUGCGAUGUAGCUGCUCCUCCUGCGCCCGGCCCGCCCCUGCCCUGAGCUGGUGGCUGGAUCAGCGGCUGCUGCCGGAGAACCGCAGCAACGCCUCCUUCCAGGUCACCUCCAACACCGAGGAAUACUGGGCCAACAGCUCCCUGAGCCUCCGGAAGGGGUUCGGCGCCGGCCUCCCGGUCCGUUGCGAGGCCCGGAAUGUCCAAGAGAGGCAGAGCGCCUGGGUCCUGCUGCAACCAGGCAAGCCCGAGGCUCAGUCUGCGGCAGUUAUCCCGAUUCUCGGAGCUGCCGGUGUCCUGACUCUGCUGUCCCUCUGCUUGUGCCUUGUGGCUGUCGCCUGCGUGGUGAGAGCUCGCAGGAAUGUGGUCAGCGCAGGAUCAGGGGCCAUGGCCAAUGAGGACCCCGUCAUGGACUCUGUGGCCUGGGGCUCCAGGACAAAGCACUGGCCAGAUAGCCCCCCAGACCAGAUGUGCCCCGAACCAGGGGAGGCACAGGAACUCCACUACGCCAAUCUCAGUUUCCAUGAGAGGGCGGAGAGGGAGCCUCAGGACCGCGAGGGCUCCGAGCGCACCGAGUACUCUGAGAUCAAGACCAGCAAGUGA